AUGACUGGUUACAGAGGCUACACAGAGCUGUCCAAAGAUGGAGACUUUCUCAUUGGUGGUGUGUUCUCGCUAGACAGUGGGAGUAGGACUCCUAAACAGGAUUUCAUGUCACCACCCAAGCUGGCUAUCUGUACUCUAAAAAACUACAGGGAACUCAAAUUUGCCCGUACGCUCAUAUUCACCCUGGAGGAGAUCAAUAACAGCACGGAGCUCCUUCCCGGGGUGACGCUGGGCUACAAGAUCUUCAGCACCUGCGGCUCCAUUAACCUCAUGAGGGCCACUCUAGAGGCCAUUAGUGGAGCGGAGAGCCAGCAUCACCGCGGCUGCACCGAUCUCCACGCCAUCGUAGGCCACUCUUCCUCGGGGCCCUCUACAAAGAUCAAUCAGCUGAUUAGUCCUUUCGGCAUGCCACAGGUCAGUCAUCUUUCCACUUGUGCAUGUUUAAGCAACCGAGAAAUCUAUCCAACUUUUUUCCGCACAGUGCCAAGUGAUUACUUUCAGGUUAUUGCACUUGUCAAGCUCAUGAAACACUUUGGCUGGAACUGGGUCGGAAUUGUGUACAGCCUUGGAAAAUAUGGAGAAGAGGGAAAAGACACAUUCUAUGCUGUGGCCAAAAAGGAGGGAAUCUGUGUUGAAUAUGACCAAAAAUACAAGAUGAAGUCCACUGACCAAGAAGUGAACGACAUUGCCAACACCAUAAAGACAUCCACCUCCAAGGUUGUUCUAGCAUUCAUGUCCAGAAACUAUAUCAGACAUAUCCUGGCAAGAAUUCAGUCUAUGAACAUCACAGGAAAGCAGUGGAUUGGCUCUGAAUCCUGGGUGACGACAGCAGAUAUUGCUUCUGUUGAGAACAUGCACAUUUUACAAGGUGUUAUGGGGUUUGCAAUACCAGAGGCAACAAUACCAGGACUCACUGAAUUCUUACUGAGUCUGAAGCCCUCAGACGCACCCGACAGCACAUACAUCAGAGAAUUCUGGGAAACAACGUUUCAAUGUAGCCUGUCGGCCUCAAACCAGUCUUUGUACAAAAAGCAAUGUGAUGGGUCGGAAGACAUGCGUACGAUUAAAAAUGACUACACAGACAUGACAGAGAGCAGAACUGUCAAUAAUGUGUAUAACGCUGUGUACGCAGUGGCGCAUGCCCUUCACAAUCUCUUGCAGUGCACCAAUGGUACAAACCCAGUCACUGGUGGUUGCUUUAGCAAGACAAAUAUUCAGCCUUUUCAGGUGGUGAAAAGCUUGGAAAAAGUGAACUUUUCCACAUUGUCUGGGGGAAGGAUCUUUUUUGAUGAAAAUGGGGAUUCAGUGGCUCUAUAUGAUCUGGUGAAUUGGCAGAUGAGGAGCGAUGGAUCGGUUAAUAUCGUUAACAUUGGUCGAUAUGAUGCAUCCUAUCCGGAUGAACAAAAAUUCCUAAUUAAGGAAAACAUGAUCGUAUGGGGAGGAAACCAAUCUGAGGUGCCUCAGUCUGUUUGCACAGAAAGUUGCCCCCCUGGCAGUCGAAAGGUCUUGAACAAAACAAAACAAAUAUGUUGCUUUGACUGCUUACCAUGCGCUGAUGGGAAAAUUGCAAAUAAAACAGAUUCUUCUGACUGCCUGCAGUGCCCACCCAUAUACUGGUCUAACAGUGGGAAGGACAAAUGUGUUUUAAAGCCGACAGAGUUUCUGUCCUAUGGAGAAACGAUGGGAAUGGUGUUGGUUAUAUUUUCCUGUUUUGGUUUUCUUUUGACAGCACUUACAACAACGAUCUUUUUUAAUUUUCGUCAAACUGCAAUGGUCCGAGCCAAUAACUCAGAGCUGAGCUUUCUGCUGCUGUUCUCAUUAAAGCUCUGCUUCCUCUGUUCUCUUACUUUCAUUGGUCGGCCCUCUGAGUGGUCCUGCAUGUUGCGUCACACAGCGUUUGGGAUCACCUUUGUUCUCUGCAUCUCCUGUGUUCUGGGGAAAACGAUAGUGGUGUUAAUGGCCUUCAGAGCCACUCUUCCAGGCAGUAAUGUCAUGAAGUGGUUUGGGCCUCUGCAACAGAGACUCAGCGUUCUUUGCUUCACUCUCAUACAAGUCCUCAUAUGUGUGCUCUGGUUGGCCAUAUCACCCCCUUUUCCUUAUGAAAAUAUGAGCCUUUAUCAGGAGAAGAUUAUUCUUGAGUGUGAGCUUGGAUCACCUGUCGGUUUUUGGGCAGUGUUAGGUUACAUAGGAAUCCUUGCCAUUUUCUGUUUCAUAUUGGCUUUUUUGGCUCGUCAACUACCCGAUAACUUCAAUGAAGCCAAAUUCAUCACGUUCAGUAUGCUGAUAUUCUGUGCAGUCUGGAUCACUUUCAUUCCAGCUUAUGUCAGCUCUCCUGGUAAAUUUACAGUGGCUGUUGAGAUAUUUGCUAUUUUGGCUUCAAGUUUUGGACUGCUUCUUUGUAUAUUCUUUCCCAAAUGUUACAUUAUUGUAUUUAAACCACAACUCAAUUCCAAGAAACAUAUGAUGGGAAAAGAUGUAUCUAAGUCAUUAUAA